UUUAGUUGACAUUCGGUUUAGUUUUGUUUUUGUGUGUUACCAGUUUUAUUCGAUUUAAAAUUUAGAAUUUUGUUACCAUGGAUAAGAAAAAGUUCUCCGUUCGAAGAACAACAAAAAGACAAAAAAUGGAGUGUGAAUUCGAUCCACAUAAUUUAGAAACAAUGGAAACAAAAUCAAUAUGUUACCUACCUAUGUAUUUGAUGGCAAGUUUUUCAAAAUUAUAAAUGAAAACCAUUAUGAAGAAAAUAAAAUAUCAGCACAAUGCCAAUAUUGCUAUAAAAUUAUGCAUGUUCAUAAAGGAUCGACUGGGAAUUUUUUAAGUCACAUUAAGUGUCAUUACGAGUUUAUGUGCCCUUGUGAUACGUUUCAUAAACCGAUUGUUAACUAACCAUGGAAAACAAUAAAGAAAAAUUACCAGCUGCUCAAGAAUUUUCGAAUGAGUUUAUAAAAUUCAUGACUUCGGCAAAAAACAGCUAUUCGCCUGAGCCGCUGCCGUCGCCUUCACUGGAGUUGAAAGUUACUCAUAAUUUGAAAUUGGAAAAAGAAAAAUAUUUGGAACAAUUUGAAAAACUCAAUGGAUUUGAAUUCAGCAAUGACGUGAAUAAAUACCAACCAUUGGUGCAGAUUGGUAAAGGAAGCUACGGUGAUGUGUUCAAAGCUCAAGAUACAAAAAAUCCCGAUGUUAUAGUGGCUAUAAAAAAAAUUAAUACAAUACAUAAAACAGAAGGAUUUCCGAUGACAUCUUUAAGAGAAGUUCGUAUACUUAAACAAUUAAGUCAUGAAAAUGUGAUCAAAUUGAUAGAAGUUUGUCAUACUAAAGCCUGUAAUGAAAAUAAAUAUCGAUCAACAUUUUUUUUGAUAUUUGAAUUUUGUGAACAUGAUCUGGCUGGUUUAAUAGCUAAUACAGAAUUCAAAAUUGAUAUAGCUGAUAUUAAACAAUUCAUGAAACAAUUGUUCAAUGGUCUAUUUUACUUACAUUUAAAUAAGAUUUUACAUCGAGAUUUAAAAUCAUCAAAUAUAUUGGUUACAAAAAAAGGAAUUUUAAAAUUGGCAGAUUUUGGUCUAUCUCGCGCAUUUAGCACGCCGUUAGAAAAUAAACCAAAUAAUUAUACUAAUGGUGUAGUUACACUAUGGUAUCGUCCUCCUGAGUUACUGCUUGGUGAACGUAAUUACGGAACAGCUAUAGAUAUGUGGGGAGCUGGGUGCAUUAUGGCAGAAUUCUGGACUCGUUUUCCAAUUCUACAAGGUUCUUCGGAUAUGCAACAGUUAAUUUUGAUAUCCUCUUUAUGUGGAUCAAUAACACCAGAAGUAUGGCCUAAAGUUGUAAAAUACGAAGUGUACAACAGCAUUAAACUACCAAAACAAAAUAAACGAAAGAUAGAGACGUAUUUUAUGCACUAUCUUCCUAACAAAUUGGGAUGUGAUCUUAUUGACCAUUUAUUAACACUAGACCCGGAUAAAAGGUUUGACGCUAACACAGCUUUGAACCAUGACUUUUUUUGGAAAGAUCCCAUGCCAAGCGAUUUAUCUAAAGCUAUGUCGCAAAUUAAAAACCAUUGCCAUGAAUUUAGUAUGCUUAGACGGCAAACUAAUAAUAAUAAUCAACAAAUCGCCAAACUGGAAAAACCAAACGCUAUUAACAAUGGUGCAUCUACCUCUAGCUUUCCUGAUCGCAUUUUUUAAAAAGUAUUAUUUACCUAUAGCUGUUGAAUCCAAUAGAUAAUGAAUUUAUCGUAUAUUUUUGUAAAUAAAAAUAAUUUUUUUAUUAA